CGAGCGCUAGGUUUGUACGGUAUGUUGACGAUUGUAUAAAUAAAGGAAUCAGCCCAACAAAAGGUAUCAGUUACCUCCAGCUAACAGACCUACAACAACCAUGAAAUUGUUCAUCAUCGCCGCUAUCUUGGCCGUUGCCGCCGCCGCUCCUUCCGGUUACAAAACCGAAGAAGAGAAGUACGGAAAGGACUACAAAUACCCCGAGAUUACCGUCACUGGCCAAUCUGAUGAGCGCAACGUCGAUGGCAGCGGCAAGUGGAACUACGCCCAGUCUGACUACACCACCCGUGAGGAAGCCCAGGAACAGAAGAAGUUCAUCGUGACCAAAGUUGAUGACUACGGCAAAGAAACCAAAGAGGAAGUCUACGGAAACACCAACAAGGGAUCUUCCUACUGGGUUUCUCCUGAAGGCGAGAAAUUCACUCUGACCUGGGCCGCCGAUGAUGCCGGUUUCCAGCCCGCUGGUGCCCAUUUGCCCGUCGCUCCCGUCCACGUCUACGAGCUCCCAGUUGCCCCAGUCCAUGAAUACGAACUACCCGUUGCCCCCGUCCACGAAUACGAACUCCCCGUUGCUCCAGUCCACAUUCCAUUCAAUGGAAAGGGCUACAAGAUCUAUUAAUUUAUUAUUGACUGAAUAAUUAUGUAUAUCCAACAAUAUUCAAUACUAUGCCAUUGAAUAUUUUGGUGUAAAUAAACUUUGCAAAGACUCGA